AUGGUACCAUUUACACAGAAGUCAUAUAAGACCUUCUUCUACUUCCGCCGACAAUGCUACCACUGCGCGAUCUCUUUCUGGUGGGUGUACUUCCCUUCCUCAUCCAGAUUCAAUGACAUCGGAGUCCAACAGCUCAGCGAUCAUGUCCAUGCUCAAGUUUUCCCACAUAAAGGUCGCAUCCCGGACCCAGAACUAGUCGCACUUUCGAAGGAUCAUUUGGCUAGGCAUGAGCUCCUAGGCAAAUCUCAAAGCGGCGCCGGUCCUGUUGCAUUCGAUCUUCCUGCUCUCAAGGGGCAAACAUUGGAUGAGCAUUUCUACAAACUUGGAAUGGAUUCUUCCGAACCCUACCUGUCAUGGGCUAAAUCAUACGCGGCUCUCAACUGCCCGGCCAAACCACGCAAAUGGGUCAAACGCAGUGGAUGGACGAAAUAUCAUACUGACGGCACUUCUGAGCCUGUCGAUGCUCCCAAUGAAUCAAUGUUAACAUUCGACACCGAGGUCAUGUACAAAAACAAUGCAUUUGCAGUCAUGGCUUGCGCGGUAAGCCCGACGGCAUGGUAUGCAUGGAUAUCACCGUGGCUGCUCGGCGAGUCAGAGAAUGAAAUACAGCUAGUACCCUUGGGAGACCCCAGCCAACCCCGCAUUGUGGUUGGCCACAAUAUUGGUUACGAUCGAGCCCGCGUCCUUGAGGAAUACGACAUGCAACAGUCUCAAAACUUCUUCCUUGACACAAUGUCCCUUCACGUGGCGGUCAACGGCAUGUGUUCACAACAGAGACCAACUUGGAUGCGCCACAAAAAGAAUCAGGACAUGAGAGAUAAAAUCGCGAAUGAGCACGAUUCUGUGGAGCUUGCUGCACUUCUCGAAAACAACAUGCUGAGGGAAGAAGAGGAAGAGCUUUGGGUUGGGCGAAGCUCGGUGAACUCUCUGCGUGAUGUGGCCAAAUUCCAUUGUGAUGUCACCAUCGACAAGGCGCAGAGAGAUUUCUUCGGUGAACUUGAUCGUGACUCUAUCGUGGGCAGACUGGAGGAACUUCUCGAUUACUGCGCCGCCGAUGUUGCCAUCACCCACCGUGUCUACCGAAAAGUUUUCCCCAACUUUCUCGAGACUUGCCCGCAUCCUGUCAGUUUCGGCGCUCUUCGGCACUUGUCCUCUGUCAUUUUGCCAGUCAAUCAGUCCUGGGGAGAGUAUCUUGCCAGCGCAGAAGAAACAUAUCAUAAACGACUUGACGAUGUCCAAAGUAGAUUGAUAGCACUAUGCGACGAGGCAUUGAAGUAUAAAGACCAACCAAACUUUUACACGAAUGAUCCUUGGCUACAACAGCUGGACUGGUCCGGCCAAGAAAUCAAAAUGGCGAAAGGAAAAAAGAAGGGGGAUCCUCCUCGGCCGGCAGCCAGGCAAAAGAAACCAGGAAUGCCCAAGUGGUACAAGGAUCUUUUUAGCUCAAACGCCGCAGAGAUCAAUCUGACGGUGCGAACUCGCAUUGCACCUAUUUUGCUCAAAUUAUCGUGGGACAACUACCCUCUGGUUUGGUCGGACCUGCACGGAUGGACUUUUCGCGUUCCUCGUGAGCAAAUCAAACAAUAUGAGAAUCAACCUGUCGUUAUGUGUGAUAUGACCGAGGAAAAGAACACCGAGCUGCGAGACGAUAGAAAAGCCACAUACUUCAAAAUCCCCCACAAAGACGGCCCACAGGCCAGGUGUACCAAUCCGCUUGGCAAAGGGUAUAUGCAAUAUUUUGAGCGUGGGAUUCUGUCAUCUCAGUAUGAACUUGCCAAACAAGCGCUGGAUAUGAACGCCUCAUGCUCCUACUGGAUCAGCGCUCGAGAUCGGAUCAUGGGUCAAAUUGUGGUCUAUGAAGAUCAGGUGCAAAAGGGCGACAGGAAAAUCGAAGCAAGUGAUAAUCGUGUCGGAUUUAUUCUGCCUCAGGUUAUUCCCAUGGGAACCAUCACUCGACGUGCCGUGGAAAAUACCUGGCUGACUGCAAGUAACGCGAAGGCCAACCGUGUCGGGUCAGAGCUAAAGGCUAUGAUCAAAGCACCGCCAGGCUACUCAUUCGUUGGAGCUGAUGUUGACUCCCAGGAAUUAUGGAUUGCAAGUCUUGUCGGAGACGCCUCAUUCCAGAUUCACGGAGGAAACGCAAUUGGCUUCAUGUGCUUAGAAGGCUCCAAGGCUGAGGGGACUGAUCUUCACUCACGAAGCGUCAAGUUCGCCGCUACUCUACUUCGCCAGUUCAACCCCUCUCUGACCGAAAAGCAGACGCAAGAGACUGCUAAGAACCUAUACAAAGAGACCAAGGGAACGCGCACCUCACGCCGCCUCUUGAGUGAAACACCGUUUUGGCGAGGUGGCACCGAAUCCUUUGUAUUCAAUAAACUCGAAGAGUUCGCGGAUCAGGAACGACCUAGAACCCCUGCUCUAGGUGCUGGGAUCACCGAGGCGCUUAUGCGACGUUUCAUUAACAAAGGCAGCUUCAUGACAUCUCGAAUCAACUGGGCCAUUCAAUCGUCGGGUGUUGAUUAUCUUCACCUCUUGAUCGUUAGCAUGGACUAUCUCAUCCGACAAUUCAACAUUAAGGCCCGCUUGGCCAUCACUGUUCACGAUGAAAUUCGCUACCUUGUCAAAGACGAGGAUAGAUACCGCGCCGCAAUGGCUUUGCAGGUUGCCAACGUUUGGACUCGUGCCUUAUUUUCACAGCAAGUGGGGAUUGAUGACCUUCCCCAAUCCUGUGCCUACUUUUCUGCCGUCGACAUUGACCAUGUGCUUCGCAAAGAAGUCGACAUGGACUGUGUGACUCCUUCGCACCCCUACACAAUCCCGCAUGGUGAAACGCUGGAUAUUACUCAGCUUCUGGACAAGAAUCAGGAAGCUUUCUUGGACCCUUCCAUCGCACCACAAUCGCCUCCAGCCCCCGAAAAAUAUCCAUACACCCCACGGGAGUCGGUCAUGUCCGCCUUCCAAGCUUCCAAGGACAUUGAUUUCAUCAAAGCUCAGAUCACCAAGGAUGACAAAGAGCUCCGCGAUAUCAUCAAGGAGAAGACGCGGGCAGCUAGUAGCGCCGGCGCUCCUAGCCCUCGCACCCCUUCUACCAAACCGAAAGGCAAAUCUACCAAUUGGACCCCAGCAAAGCCCCAGCGGGCGGUCCUGAUGGACAUGGAGUCAGGCCUUUAUCCCGACUUCCACGGGCCCCUUAGGCCUAAUUCUCAUGGGAACAAGCAGCCUCAAGUGGGAUUCCACCGUCCUCCCUGGAAACCACGGGCAGCAGCGCGAGCAUAA